GGGUCUCAGCCCGGGCAGGCUUCGAAUGCGACGCCCUGUCGCAAACAGAUCUGGCAACACUCGCGUAUCAGGCUUGGCUUGAGUUGAGGAAAUAGUUGAAGCAACUUGUACUUGAAUUCUGAGAAUCGUCGUUUCUUGUUUACAAAAGAAGGUUUGCCUGUCUUCCCACUUCAGUAUAAACUCAGUGCAAGAGUCUCGAAACAAUUAUGUUAUUUCGAUUCAGCAUUCGUGCGUGAAUGUAGUUGAAGGAGCGAGAGCUUACUACAGCGUCGAUCAACGAACGGGCGGAAGGCCCCAUCCGAUUUUCCACUGCUACACAAUAACUCGGACAUUGGUGCUCAACGGAGAACAAGGGGACAGGGGCGCAAUGCCACCCUUGGCAUGGGCGCUGUUGUGCCUGAUGGUUUGCCAGUGGAGUGCACCCAGCUCAGGCAACAUGGAGUUUGUUUGUCCGUCUGGAAACGGAUGGCUGUUCAUGCCCACGACGGACAACGUUACCGUAGAUGCCGCUGAGUCCCUCUGUCUGUCCAAACAUGCCAAGCUGCCUGACGAUGACGUCUGCAUUGGCAAGCUAGCAGCGAAGGUCUCGCCAAGUCUAGGUUACAGGCCAAGGAUCUGGCGGCAUAGUACAGCACCAUCCGGAGAGAAACUGUCUGCCACUGACAGCACGAAAAAUUCACAAGAUUUGAAGCAGCACGUAGCCUGCUUUACAGAUCUCGGUGUGAAUGGUUGCGUGGCUGAUAAGGAUUGUCCAUCAGAUUACAAAUGCCUGAAGGCGGUGAAGCAUGGCGGAAAGAAUAGCUGCGCAAGUAACCUAUUUCCAUCAGUUUUUGAUGUUGAUGAAUGUACGUCCGGAACGCAUACGUGUGCUUCGGAUCAGAAUGCUACAUGUGCAAACACUUUGGGUUCUUACCAAUGUUUAUGCAGCAGUGGGUACACCUGGACUGGAUCUAAAUGUUCCGACGUGGAUGAGUGCACAUCACUGAAGCAUGCAUGUCUUAACAAAGUAAAAUGCAUAAACACAGAGGGCUCCUACUCAUGUGAAUGUCCCACUAGCCAAACCUGGAAUGGAAGAAUGUGUUCAGCAUUUACACCUUGUGCUGGUGUCCAAUAUGAAUAUCGUCUCUUGAUUAUGCCUGGUAUUAAUGCGUUUGAUCAUGCAUGGCAUCACUGUAAAACACAUUUUCCAGGCUCAUGGCUCGCAGCACCGCAAAAUCAAGACGAAAUGAACUGCUUGUACAAGAUGGAACCCCAAUAUUUAACUACUGUCAUGAUUGGGAUCAAGCGAGUCAAUGGGAUCUGGAUAAACUACGAAACCAAGACAGAACAGACUUACUUUAACUGGCAACUCGUACCGCCCUGGAAUAGGCAGCGUGUGUGUGCAAUUUCUUCCAUUGGUUCUCCCUUUCAAAGAGAUUUUUCGAAUUAUUGGUUUACUACACCCUGCCACGGGCAAAGGGUAAAGGGUUUUUUCUGCCAAAGAAAAGUGACUCCUUAUUGCCAACCACCAACUCUUUCAAACGGCCAGGUGAAUGUAAGGAACGGGAUGGCCCGGUUUACGUGCAAUAGUGGCUACAAACUGGUCGGAGUAUCCGUCUCCUUCUGCGUCUACACCGUCACUCAUACGUGGCUAUUCGACAGAAGUUGCUUUUAUCAGCACACAACUGGGCAACAUAACACCAAUUUCACUUAUCGCCUGCUCAGGCCACUAGCCAAUGCUGAUCAAGCCAAACAGGAUUGCGAGGCAGUUGGGCUGAGGCUUCCGAGCCUCCAGUACGAUUGGAGCAUGGUCAGCAAUUUACUCAAUUCGUACAGUUUUGAACUUAGCGUUCUGGGUCUGCAGGCUGUCCGGUACACAUUCGGGCUAGAUAAGGACGACAAUAUUGUAAAGAUCGACAAGGACCAACCAGACCGCCUAUUGGCAUUAGAUAGUGCCACUAAAAAAGUAUAUGAUCAAACAGCUACCUACUUCUGCACCCUACCUAAUGCUAAGAGGACGUGUGUGCGACCAGCUAAUCCAGCCAACGGAUCCUACGGCACAGGCACCUUCACAGCCACACAAACGCUGACGUUAACUUGUGCCAGUGGCUACCAACUAUUCAAUUCUGCUACUGCGACUUGCGAAGCAGAUGGCCAAGUGACCGGUGCAAAUGGCACUUGUGCCCGGAGCUGUACAAGGCCAUCUAAUCCCUCCAACGGAGCCUACAGAACAGGUGACUUCAACUCCGUACAGAACACGCUGAGGUUAACUUGUAACAGUGGCUACCAGCUAUACAACUCUUCUACGGCGACUUGCGACUCAGAUGGCCAAGUGAGCGGUGCAAAUGGCACCUGUCAUGCAACAUGCGGACAUGACGGCAUUUGCACGAGAUACGAGGCGUGCAUUAACGGGAAGUGCGUAGGAUGUCAUACUCAUCCACCAGCCUAUACAGGAACUUGCAGUCCACCAUGCAGGAAGGGUCAGCAUUGCGUCGGCUCUGAUGAUUGCAGACAUGUGAUUGCUGUUCCCCGGGAAGAGCUGCCUAGCACUGUAUCUGGAGGGCAUCUGCUGCUGACGGUCGAAGAAUUAUAUUCCCACCACCGUGUUUCCAAAUAUCCUGAUUACGCCUUUAGAAAAGUGAAUGAUAAUGAUUAUAGUCUACCGGCCGGGGAGUUUUGCCACUUUAUCCAAAAAAGGGUACACUAUCUUUACUACCGUUUCCGCAUUGACAGGAUGUUCCGGGAUGAAAAACAUCAUGAGUAUGCCGAAACUGUCAAGGUCGGCUUCUUAGGGGCAGAUCCACCUCCAGCAGGGUCACAGGUGGACGUCUUCCCGGACUCGGUCAACACCAAGCUGAGCGACUAUCCGUUCGUCCGCGUCCGCUGGCCGAAUGUCACCGUGAACCUGCCGUGCGUGGCGCUGCGCUCGGGCGCGGCUCCUGCCGUCGAGAUCGAGGUGGCUUACUCGGCGUACGGAAAGCAGGUGGCUGCGCAUAAGCUGACUGCGGCCAACGGCAGCUGCCCACAAGACACGUACACGUUGCGACCUCGCGAGGCAGGCCGGUACAGCUACAAGUUCAGGGCGGUAGCACCAGUCCCCACGGUGUUCUCCGCGGAUUUUCAAUUUUUCGUUCCGUUCGAUCAAGGACCGGAAACCUGCGAUGAGAUUGCCAAUGAAACAUGCACAGCACAGUACAGAGAUUGUGUGAUGGAAAAGGGAGCAUCCGUAUGCGUCCACCGUCAAGAUAUCCUGUGCAAGGCGGAAAAGGAGGGUCGCAAACUGGCAUGCGAUGCAGGAUACACAGCGUUUUACGACUUCAUUCCGUGUCCAUACCACAGUGGCACGAGGAGCCUUCGACUCCAAACGUGUGAGAAAACAACCGGACUUCGCGGCAACGAACUUUGCUGGCCCACUGUGAAAAGCCUGAAAGUGGCAAAUCAGAAGUACAGCUACCCUGGCGCCAUUGCGUUCUGUGCCAAGCAUAAUGCAACUCUGCUGAGCCACAAAGCGUUUGACGCUGGUUGCGCUAGACGAAUUCUCCUGCACCUGCCCAAGGCUUGGGUAUAUCAGGGAGCACAACGUAUCGGCAGCCAAGACACUGAUCGGCAGGUCAGCCUUGUGGAUGAGCUUCUCACCGUCAUAUGUGAACUGACCCCAACGGACUGCAGGAUAAAUGCGCAUGUUAGUAUAAUGUGCAAAAGUCAAUGGAAACUUUGUGUUAUUGAAAAUGGCCAUCCAGUUUGCAAACCAGAUCUCAGAAACUUCGACAUCUUUCGCUUGACACCAACCUUUAUAGCUGCUGUUCGAAAGGCAACUAGCGAUGAUCUUACGUACGAUGAAAUACUGCGUCAGUGCACUGCAAUCGACAUGCACAUGGUGACGUUCACUGAUGUGCAACUUGUCAACAGUAUGCAAUCAAGUCCGCUCGUCACUAAGCUACAGGCCGAUUUCUACCCGGACAGCUACAAGGGCCUGACACUUAAGAACAGAAAAGCGGCACGCAUCCUUCCCAACGGCACUCUGUAUGAGGAGGGCCUGCUGCCGGGUGAGACCGGAACUCUUCUUUGCCGGACCCCAACCCCGGCAGCUGGCUGAUAGCACAAGGAAUCCAGUAAUUGCUCACAGUGGACAGGCUCCAUCCAGCCAGGACGUCUCUCCUCCCCU